AUGAUUCAACUCCUCAGAGUGGAAGGAACAGCUGAGGAACCAGGUCCCUAUCAGUUCCCGAGGAGACUGUAUGAAGUCAACUCUGCAGCUGAAAAGUUGUUGCCUGCACACGCCACGGUGCAUAAUAGUGAUGCGCCAAAAGGACACAAGUGUACGUAUGGUGCUGUGAUUAAGCCUCUGCAGAGUGGAGACAUAAGUUGGUUGGAAGCUGUUGAAAACAAUACUAAAUCAUGGGACAAAGUCCUGGAGCAUGCACAUUGUCUAUCUCUAAACAAACUAGAUCUGAAGAACCUGGUUCGUGGUCUAAUCAAGUUGAGGAACAAGUAUCAUGAAGUGUACACUAUUUGUGCAAAAGAAAAGCAUGUCAGAACUUUAUUCAAGCCAAAAAGAGGCAAACAGCACUUCAGAACCAAAGAUGAGAUCUUUCAAGAAACUGUGGCUUUUGUCAAGAAGAUCCAGUCCCUCGAGAAAAAUCUCAUCAUGUCUGAAAAUCAAGCAACCUUUAGUAUUCCUGAUAACACUGCGAUUGAGUCCUCACCAGUGAGAAAUUCAAAGGUAAACCUCUCUCCAAACCCUAAAGAAGACUCUUCUCCACACUCCACUACCAUUCAUACCCUCUCUGAGUCCACUUCUCCUCUAAGCAAGUCUGAAGAUGUUUGUCCUCCUCUAGUCUCACCAGAAAAACAGAGUCAUCAGGGUGAACAAGGGAACCUCGUUCAGGAACCUUCCACUCUAUCCAUGGCUGAGCACUUGAGUGAAGAACCGGUGACUAAUAUUGAAGAGUAUGAGAUCUCCUGGACAAGUGAUGAGUCUGAAGAAGGGUUUGAGCCACAGGAGGGAGGAACAGAAGAAGAGGGAGCAAUUGUGCCAUUUGAACAGCCGGCACAAGAUGAUAUUAUUGGGGAUCCAAAUGAUGAACCUGAUCCCUCCAUGGAGAAUCCAGGUCAGGAGUCAUCUUACCAAGUCAGUGUUGAUCCUGCUCCCUCUCCCCACUUUGAUGUUGAGCCCUUGAAUAUGGUGGUGCAUGAGACAAAUCCUGAUAGUGAAGAAGACGCAAAUGAUUUGGUGUAUUCUAGUUUCAUCAGGGCUAGGACUAAGCCAGUGGUAGCUUCAGGGCCACCUCCUAAGCGACCCACUACUAGGUUGCAGCAAAAGGAGGCUCUAGAGUCUGCCCUCAAGAAGAGUAAAAGGAGUAAAAAAGGAGAAGUGAAUGUGGAUGAGGAAACCAAAGAGGAACCUAGUUCCCUGUCCCGAAAGUCUUCAAGGAAGAAGCACUCUCUUUCUGAAAAGCACACCUUUAAGGGUGCUGAGAGUUCUUCCAAGAGUGGUGUUGCUGGUUCCAGUAAAAAAGUGGCAAAAAGUUCUAGUGACAAAAUAGUGAAGAAGCAUGGUGACAAGUCUGAUGAGGAAGAAGUGGAGAAAUCCGGUGAACAUAGACAGAGCAAGUUGUUGGAAAAGGAAAAGUCUGUUAGCAAGUUAGUGAAAAGAAAGAGGGAUGAUGAGGAGGAGGAUAAAGAACCUGGUUCCGUCAAGAAAGGAAAAGUGAGUGAAACUCUGAGGUCUGAUAAAACGAAGCGGGGGAAUCAAAAAGUGAUGUGGGGCCGCACACUUGCCUCUGACAUUCUAGAGAGUGCUGGGAUGAGACAAUUAGUGGCUAUGUGUGAUGCUCAAUAG